GUGUGCAUUCUUAGCCGGGGACUAGUUUUCACUCCUCCAUUCGGGUUAAGGGUAAACAGCACCGCCCCGAUGGUUGUUUGUUUGAAGUGUGGAACGAUCUAUCGCACAGCGCCGGGCUCGAUUGACACUGUCUGCUGAUCUGCUACUGCGGAUUGCUCAGAAUAACAAGGCUGCUCGCUAAUUCCCGUCUAUCGGGGCUUUCGCCGAAGCACCGAGAGAGUGUUGGGUCCUCAAAAAAAGCCAACAAGGCAGGCAAGACCGCCGCGCCGCCGGAGUCCGCACCCCAGAAUGGCUUCUGGAGACCUUUACGAGGUGGAGCGGAUUGUGGACAAAAGGCGGAACAAGAAGGGUAAGUGGGAGUACCUGAUCCGGUGGAAAGGCUACGGGAGUAAGGAGGACACAUGGGAGCCGGAGCACCACUUACUGCACUGCGAGGAGUUCAUCGACCAGUUCAACAGUUUGAGACUGCACUCACACAAGCGGCCCAAAGCUCCCAAAAACCGCGGCGAGUCCCACAUCACCAGCCACUCAUCUGCUCCGGAGAGCUCCAGAGCUCGGUCCGAGUCCCGCAAAAAGAAAAGGACUUCUAUGGGGGUUGGAGUAGGAACUGUUUUAGGGAUUGGAAGUGGAGUGUCAGGACCCACUCAGAAGCAAAGGAGGGUGGCUGCAGGACCUGGGAAACACAUUUUAGGGGACAGAAUGAGCAAACCCGUGACUUACAAGGCUCCUCUGUCAGCGGGGACUCAUUUUGUCCCUCCAGUCAGGGUUCCUCAUAACGGACUGCAGAAUGGAGACAUGGAGCCUCCCCUGUACAGAGCAGCGGCGAGGUCACAUCGACCACCCACAGACAAAGUGGAUGGAGAACAAGGAGACGUGGAUCCCACUGGACAGCAGCACACCACUCAACUAGGCUGCCCUCUCGCCAAUGGAAAGAUGCACCUGCACAGCUCAGCGAAGCGGAAGAUGGCGGAGGAGAAGGGCUACGUGUUCGACAAGCGGCUCAGGUACAACGUGCGACAGAACGAGAACAACUGUCGCUUCCGAGACAUCGUGGUGAGGAAAGAGGAGGGGUUCACGCACGUCCUCCUGUCGAGCCAAACCACAGACAACAACGCUCUGACACCGGAGAUCAUGAAGGAAGUGUGUCGAGCGCUGGGCAAUGCUGCCGCGGACGACAGUAAACUAUUGCUGCUCAGCUCAGUGGGAACCGUUUUCUGCAGCGGCCUGGAGCCGUCCUACCUGAUCGGGCGUCUGUCCACUGACCGCAGAAAAGAGAGCAGCCGCAUCGCCGACGCCGUGCGGGAUUUUGUGUUGGCGUUCAUUCACUUCAAGAAACCCAUCGUGGUGGCAAUAAAUGGGCCAGCUCUCGGCUUGGGGGCCUCCAUCUUGCCACUGUGUGACGUAGUGUGGGCCAGCGAGAGGGCCUGGUUCCAAACUCCGUGUGCAGCCAUCCAUCUCACCCCAUCCGGAUGCUCCUCAUACACCUUCCCUCAGAUCCUGGGUGUAGCCCUGGCCAACGAGAUGUUGUUCUGCGGCAGGAAGCUCACGGCACAAGAAGCUUGCAGUCGUGGUCUCGUGUCACAAGUCUUCUGGCCCACGACGUUUAACCAAGAGGUGAUGCUGCGCGUGAAGGAAAUGGCAUCAUGCAACGCAGUGGUUUUAGAAGAGUCCAAAUGCCUGGUGAGGAGUAUCGUCAUGUCUCUCCUGGAGGAGGUGAAUGAGAAGGAGUGUCAGAUGCUAAAGCAGUUGUUGAGUUCCACCAAAGGACUGGAGGCGCUCUUCAGUUAUCUGCACAGCAAGACAUAUGAGAAGUAACCGUCCACACGGAGGGAACCAGGGACGGUCAGUCUGACGGAGGGACACUCAGGACGCUAAGGUUGCAAACUAAAGGAAAAGUUGCUGCAUUGCUGUUUCCAUUCAUCAGCAAAAGGGGGAAUACACUGAUGUUCUGUUUGCUUCUAUUGCUGCCGACAAAUCGUUUCCUUAUCACCAUCUUUUUAAAGCAAGCGCUCGAUUGGACAUACAACUGUCCAUGUCCAGAGGUUUGUCUUUUUUCCUUCUCAAGAGCAAAGGGCCAAAUGCACAUUGCAACGUUUCCGCACCUCUGUGACUCUUAAUCGUCAGGAUGCGUGACAUCGAUGUCUUUCAGAAAGCACAUGUUAAAGUAAUGUUAAUAUAUAUUAAUUUAUAUUUAUUUCACAUGUUUAAAAACAGCUGUUUUUCAAUUGUAAACCAAAGUCUGCAUGAGAACCGUUUCCUCGCUCGUGAACGUGCACAUUCCAUCCGCUCUGUACGGACAGGAGAAAACUAGCAGGAGCGUGGCCGUGAAUCAUCAAAUUUAGAGAUUGCUAAAAGACAAUUGAAGCUUGGUGUCGUGUUCUUUUUCACUUCCAUGUAGCUGAUGAAAGCCGACAGGAAUAUUUGUGUGCAAGGUCCCAGACGCGUCAGGAUCCUGUAGUAUCCCGCUUCCCCGGGUAACGGUGCAAGUCCGGACGCAGGGAAUAGGACGCAUUCCUACCAAAGAAGAAGAGAGCGAUGCUGUGGCCCUCGUUACACCAGGCAUUAGAAUGCAUUCCCUGUGGUCAGAUACCGCUUCACCACAUGCGUUUACACCUGGUGUCCACACCAAGAUCCGAUUUCCAGCGACAGUCUACAGUGUCACAUCCUGUGUACCACUAUAUCAACAACAAUGUUAGUUAGAAAGUGGUCAGGCGCUAUCCGAUUGGAAUCCAAUCACAAAAAUCGCAUGUUCUGAACAAACCACGAUCUGUUUCUGGAUAUAAAAGCUGAAGAUAGUAAGUCAACUAAAUCUAAAAAAAAUGAUUUAUGAUCAACUUCAAAUGCACUUACCCGUGCAGAUGCUGGCAUUCUUCAUGCGCUCCUCUUCUUCAGAUAUGGUGCUUAUUAAAGCUGGGGUAGGCAACCUAUUUUUUGGCGUUUGAUCCAAAAAAAAUUACAUAAUUGUUUUUUUUCUUUUCUUUUCAAAUCAAGGAAAAAGUGGAAAAGGAGAACAUUUUACAUCUCAUGUGGAUGCUAGCACUACACACACACACACACGUAUUGAAAUGGCACAAUGAUCCAGGUGGUUAUAUGAAUGAGUGGCACAUAUUACAUGGAAGAUAUAACGAAUGACUUUGAUCACUUUUGGUUUGAGCGACAUAUAGUGUAGUUGCCUCGCAUGAGUCACCGCGGUGGUUCAUACAUUAAACACGUAGCUUCCGGCUCUCAAUGCAGACGGUAAGAAAUGUGUGAAGUGUGAUUUUUCUUUUUCAUCUGACAGUUUGUUUGUUUGUUUUUAACAAAAGAGAUGACUCAUGCUUGGUUCACCAAUCGUCGCUGAUGCAACAGCUUUGUCCCUGGAGUCGACAAUGUCCUUGCAGUCGCCUGUGAUGACAUGAGAUUUAAACAGAUUUUUAUAUUUAAAUGUGUACUAUAGGUAGGGAUCUAUUUUGUUUUACCAAAAAAAAAAAAGAAUAAGAAAGAAAGUAGGUCUGUGAAAUUGUUUUGUAAACCUCAGAAGAUAUUUGUCCAUUUUUGCAGUCGUACACAUGCAGUACAAAAUAAUAUAUAAUAUAUAGACAACAUACACUGUUUUGUGUAACCAAUUGCAUGUAAUAUGUCUAUAUGUAUAUGUAUAUAUAUAUAUAUAUACAUAUAUAUAUGUAUGUAUAUGUAAAAAUGUGUUGCCUAUUCUUCAGGGUAUGUUUUGUACCAGCAUUGUAAGUAAUGUUAUAAAAUGUUGCUGUUUAUUUUUGUAUUUAUUUGAGAUAGCUGUUUGGACGUGCAGUGCCAUGUGGUUUCCUUUGCUCCAUGGACUCCCCCCCCCACUAUAACUCUUAAAACUACCCACCCCCACAAAAAACAACCAAAAUAAUCUAUACUUAUAAUGUAUAUAAAAUGAUAUAAUGUCAAAGUCAAGAUGCUAAAACCCUGCUGUCACUUGAACGUGUCUGUUUUCCUUCGGUGUUAUCAGAUUAUUAUCAAGAAGAAGAACAUUACCAGAGGUAAAUUGUUGUAAAAAAUGAUGAAUGAAGUCGUGGACAGAUAAUUUAAUAUAUAAUGGUGUGUUUUACGGAGUUUAACGGAGUGCAAACAAAAUAUUGAUGAGAUCAAAACGUUUAGUGUGCAUAAAACACCCCACAAGGUUCUUUUGUGAUGAAUUUCAGUGUCAUAUGUGGCCGUUACAGUUUUAGUAAUGAGGCAUUUGUGACCAAAUCCUCAGUUGUUCUUAAAGGAGCGGUGUGUAGGACUUAGUGGCAUCUAGUGGUGAAGUUGAGCAUCCUUUGCCUCACGCUCUCCAUCCAAGUUUAUAUCAGAAAUUGUGAUUUGUCCAUUCUGUACAAGCAAAAACACAACAGUCCUGUAUUUCCUGUGAUACUCAUUUUAGGAAAAUCCUAAUUAUAGGUAUUAUAUUCAGAUAUUUUGGGAACGUUACACACGGGAUCUUUAAAUGAUCAAUUGAAAGACUGGGAAAUUGAGGUAAAUAACAGUUAAAUUCCUCGUUCUUGUUGGGUUUAAGAGGUCAGAAAGGAUCAUUCACAUUCACUCAGGUCCAUCUGUAAUCACACUGAUCCUUUAAGACAGGGUUGUGUAUGUAUUUAUUCAUUUAUUUAUUGUGAUUUGUAAAAAAAAAAAAAACAUGUUCUUUAGUGUGUCAUCUGAAAAAGAAAAUGCAAUUGUUAAAGAAACUUCUAAUUUUGGGUUUGUUUUUGCUGUUUUUUUCCUUAGCACCAGAUCCUAACUCUCACCUCGGCAUGUGUUUGAAGUGUGUGCUCAUACAAUUUCAAGUAAAUUAGUUACAACAUAGAAAAAAGAUUCCUAUUUAUUUUGAAAGACCAUUCCCCCCCCCCACUCUUCUUGUCAUUUAUAAUUACAAUAACUUGUGCUGACUCAUGUUCUUGUUUUUCUUCCUCAAAGCACAUCUUAGGGUGCCUUACAGUUUAAUUAUCUGUCAAAGAGUGAUCCAUACUUUUGUGAUGGGUAGAGUGAGUGAGCUGCUUCAAAUAAAGAAACAGUGCUUUCACAGUGUGA